UGGAGACAUCACUGUCUGCUCUUUCACCUUAACAAUUUCUCCAGCAAUGGACAAAAUGGAAAAAGUUGUGAUACUACUGAUUUUUUUGCAGAGUUUCUGUAUUGCUCACACUCGGGGUUUUAAUGUGGGGACUGCAGGAGCUAAAAUCUUCACAGGUCUUGCAGUAGAAGAGUUUGGCUACACUGUACAACAGUUAAGCAAUAAUCAAGGAAAAUGGCUGCUGGUGGGUUCUCCCUGGAGCGGAUACCCUCAGAAUAGAAAAGGAAGUCUCUAUAAGUGUGACAUCAGUGCUUCCAGUGUCAUCUGCCAGAAACUAAACCUUGCAGACUCUGUCAGCAUAGAUGGUGUGCAGAGCAUCAACGUCAACAUGAGUCUGGGCCUGACUCUCACUCCAAUAGCUGAACCUAACAGAUUGAUGACGUGUGGUCCUCUGUGGGCUCAGCGCUGUGGCAGUCAGUACUUUUACCCAGGAGUCUGUGCUGACGUGAGCCCACAGUUUACGCUUCAGUCGGUCUUCUCUCCUGCCGUUCAAACUUGUGGCGGGCCCAUGGAUGUUGCCAUUGUUUUGGACGGAUCAAACAGUAUAUAUCCAUGGCCUGAUGUUAGAAACUUUCUCAUAAAGCUUUUGGAAAAUCUUGAUAUUGGACCAGAUAAAACUCGAGUCAGCAUUAUGCAGUAUUCCAAGGAUUUGUCCUUUCUUUAUCAUUUUAGUUCUGACCAAAAUAAAGAAAAGGUUCUUUCAGCAGCUUCUAAUAUUGAGCAAAAAACUGGGACCGAAACCAACACUUUUGCAGCACUUGACAAUGUCAGGCAAACAGCUUUCUUACUGGAAAAUGGUGGCCGUCCCGGUGCCACUAAGGUGUUGGUUGUGGUAACAGAUGGAGAAUCUGCUGAUGGUCAUAAAGGUCAAGAAGUCAUUGAGAGAUGCAACAGAGAUGGCAUCAUUCGCUUUGGCAUUGCUAUUCUCAAACAAAGUGCCAAUAUUCAAAAAUUCAUCGAGGAGAUUGAAUUGAUCGCUAGCACUCCAACAGAGAACUACAUGUUUAAUGUGUCAUCAGAGAAAGCGCUAAUCAAUAUCGCAGGAACUCUGGGGGACAGAAUCUUUAACAUUGAGGGCACCAGUCAAGGUCAGGAGUUUCAACUGGAGAUGUCCCAAGUAGGAUUCAGCGCACACCAGACCAAUAAAAAGGAUGUGAUCAUGCUGGGUGCUGUUGGAGCGUAUGGAUGGAGCGGGACCGUCGUCCAUCAAACAGCUGGGAAAUCACACAUUUUCCUCAAAAAUGCUUUUGAGAAAAUCUUGGAUGACAGAAACCACAGCUCAUUACUUGGAUACUCUGUCACGUCUGUGAUGGACGGCUCGUCUGAGUUUUAUGUGGCCGGUGCUCCUCGUGCCGUUCAUAGAGGACAGGUCAUAGUUUACAGUAUCAACAGCCAGAAUCAGCCCGUCAUCAUAGAUUCACAGAGAGGAGAUCAGAUCGGCUCUUAUUUUGGCAGCGUUCUCUGUCCUGUUGAUGUGGACACUGACAGUGUGACAGAUCUGCUGCUGGUCGGAGCUCCGAUGUACAUGAGCGAGGAGAAAUCUGAAACCGGAAGAGUCCACCUCUUCACCAUUACCAAGGGCAUCUUAAGCAACCAGGGCAGGUUAGAGGGACCCUCCAUGUUGGAGAAUGCUCGGUUUGGGACGGCCAUCACUGUCGUCCCCGAUCUAAACCUGGACGGCUUCAGUGACGUGGUGGUUGGUGCUCCGCUGGAAGGCAAUGGCCAAGGUGCCGUUUACAUCUACAAUGGAGACAGAAAAACCAUCAGAAAGCAGAGCUCACAGAAAAUACUUGGAUCCAAACUGGACCCGGUGCUUCGGUUCUUUGGACGCUCUUUAGAUAGUCAAGGCGAUAUGAACGAUGACUCAAUCCCUGAUAUUUCAGUCGGAGCGGCUGGGAAGGCAGUGCAGCUCUGGUCAAGGGGAGUUGCAGCUGUCACAGCGACGGUCUCCUUCAGCCCUGAGAAGAUCAGCAUUCUGAGUAAACCUUGCAUGUUUGGAGGAAGGAUGGUGUCGUGUGUUGAUGCCAAAGUCUGUUUCAGGUCAAAAUUUAGACCCACAGUAUUAGUGGGUAAAGUAGAUAUCAAGUACAACUUGACACUUGACGCUGACUUGCAGUCAUCUAGAGCCACUUCAAGAGCCCAGUUUGACAACUCAGAGCGUCUUAUCCAGAAAUCGUUCAGCGUCUCUGACGAAGAAAGCUGUGUAGAUCAUAAUGUCUAUGUGCAGGAGACUCCUGAUUUUGUUAGUCCAGUUGCUUUGCGAGUUGACAUCAGUCCACAAAAUCCAGACACCGGCCCUGCCCUGGAUGCAUUUCAGCCCAAAGCUUGGGAAUUUUUUAUCCCUUUUGUAAAGGACUGUGGCUCUGAUGACAAAUGUUCUUGUGACCUGAAGCUGACUGUGAAACCUGUUAAUGUAUCUAGCUCAUCUGCCCUUCUAGUCAGACCUGACAGAAGAAGUCUGUCUUUCAUCGUGACAAUAACGAACAUGAAGGAAAAUGCGUACAAUACAAGAGUGUCUGCUAACUUCUCCAGUAACCUGUUCUACGCCUCUUUUACACCACCUGGAGACAACACUAAAGUGAAAUGCAGUUCAAAAACAGGCUCACUCGACUGCAGAGUUGGAUACCCGACCCUGACGCUUGACCAGACGGUAACAUUUGUGAUCAACUUUGACUUCAACCUGAAUCAACUAGAGAAACAGGCUGCUGUGACCUUUGAAGUGCAAAGUGACAGUGAGGAGGAAGUGACAUCUGAUAACAAGGUCUCUCUCUCCAUCCCAGUCAAGUACGACGCCGAAAUCAUCCUCACAAGAAACUUAAACUUGGAUUUUUGCGGCAUUGGUCCUGAGGAUCAAGUCAAACAUACAGUCUCAGGUUUCGAUGACAUCGGCCCAGAAUUCAACAUAAAUUUACAAGUUUCAACUGGAACUUUCCCAAUCAAUCAGGCUCGUCUGACCGUCUCACUGCCCACCAGAUCCAAAGCUAGAAAUCCUUUACUAUAUGUGACUUCAGUCAAAACGGCACCUGUUGUAAAUGUGCAGUGUGACAGCAGCCAUCUGAUUGACCCACUGAAGAUCAGAGAGGAAACACACACUGCCAGCUUCACUAAAGAGAGCUUUAGAGGGACAACAGAACUGAAUUGUAAUGCAGCAAAAUGUGAAACCAUGACUUGUGUCCUCAACAAUCUGGAGAUGAAGACCAACUACUUUGUAAACAUCACCACAAGGCUCUGGAAUGGCACAUUUGCCUUUGCUGAUUUUCAGACAGUUUUAGUGGCUGGAAGCUCCGAGAUACAAACAUCUCUGCCUGAUCUCAUAGUUGUCACACACAGACAACAACAGAUAAAAAUUACAGUGAGUAAAGAAAGAGCGAUUGGAGAUAUUCCUAUUAGUAUUAUCAUAGGAAGUGUCAUCGGCGGCCUCCUCCUUUUAGCUGUAGCUAUGCUGAUCCUAUGGAAGGUUGGCUUCUUCAAGAGACCGCCGUUGCCACAGGGAAAUCAACAGGACCCGGCAGAACAAGAGGGUCUGUGUGAGAAUCCAGCAUGAACGGGACAUACACGCUCACCUCUGUGACUACAUGCGAAUAAUGUUACCUCGAAUUGUACCGAUUAAUAACUGAUAUUCAGUUGACAGCCAUUCGGGUCCUGCAGGAGGUCUGGGUUGUGAUAAUAUUACUGUAUUUUAAAGCAUCUCACGAUUGUUGACUUGCUCGUUUGGUGCUCAGUCGUACUUGGGCUUACUCAAAAGAAUGAACGAAUGAGUUGGUACAUGCACGAGAGCCAGGGUUUGUCUUCUUAAAGACAGAGGGGGGUGCAAAUGAAUGUCUAAAGCUUAUGCCUCUGUCAUUUCCUGCUUCCUUCUUGUUCUGACUUGCUUCAGUUUCGACACAAACAACCCAACCGCUGGGUCAAAACAACCCAAUAGCGGUUUGUCCUUUUUAACCCAGCGCUGGG